AUGGAGAGGAUGAACUGGUUGAGCAGACUGGCCUCCCGGGGCCCUGGGCACCGUGUACCACAAGGGGCCAGUCUGCAGACCCCUGUCAUGGCUGACCCUGAGACCUGCCUCAUGGUCUUCAAGAAUCACUGGUCCCAGGUGGUGCGAAUCCUGGAACGGCAAGGCCCUCGGGCAGCUCCUGGGGGUGCUGAUGAUCUCAGUGCUGUGCGCAACCACACUUACCAGAUGCUGACACUCCUGGCAGAGGAUCGCACAGUGUCCUCCGUCCCCACAGCUCCUGGGCCCCUGCUUGAGUUUGCUCUGCGUGAGGAUCUGCUAACCCGUGUGUUGACAUGGCAGCUUCAAUGGGAUGAGCUUGGGGAUGGGGUUGAGGAACGGCGGGCUGAGCAACUGAAACUCUUUGAAAUGCUAGUGAGCGAAGCUCGCCAGCCCCUGUUGCGGCAUGGUCCAGUUCGUGAGGCUCUACUGAUCUUGCUGGAUGCCUGUGGCCGCCCUGUGCCCAGUAGUCCAGCACUGGAUGAAGGCCUGGUGCUACUUCUCAGCCAGCUGUGCGUGUGUCUGGCCCGGGAGCCUUCACUGCUCGAGUUCUUCCUGCAGCCACCUUCUGAACCUGGAGCUGCUCCCCGUCUUCUCCUCUUUUCUCGCCUUGUCCCUUUUGUCCAUCGAGAGGGCAGCCUGGGCCAGCAGGCCCGCGACGCCCUGCUGCUGCUCAUGGCGCUCUCAGCCGGAAGUCCCACAGUGGGCCGCUACAUCGCAGACCACUCUUACUUCUGCCCGGUGCUGGCCACAGGGCUGAGUGCCCUGUACUCAUCACUGCCCCGAAAGAUUGAAGUUCCAGGGGAUGAUUGGCACUGCCUGCGACGGGAGGACUGGCUCGGAGUGCCAGCCCUUGCACUCUUCAUGAGUUCCCUAGAGUUCUGCAAUGCAGUCAUUCAGGUAGCUCAUCCUCUGGUGCAAAAGCAGCUGGUUGAUUAUAUCCAUAAUGGGUUCCUGGUGCCAGUCAUGGGCCCUGCCCUGCACAAGACCUCUGUGGAGGAGAUGAUCGCCAGUACCGCCUAUCUGGAACUUUUCCUACGGAGUAUUUCAGAGCCUGCCUUGCUCCGUACCUUCCUGCGAUUCCUGCUGUUACACCGGCAUGACACCCACACCAUCCUUGACACCCUUGUUGCCCGUAUUGGCAGCAACUCCCGGCUCUGCAUGGUGUCUUUGAGUCUCUUCAGGACCCUUCUGAACCUCAGCUGUGAGGAUGUCCUGCUGCAGCUGGUUCUCAGGUAUCUUGUCCCGUGUAACCAUGUGAUGCUGAGCCAGAAGCCAGCUGUGCGUGAUGUGGACCUAUAUGGACGAGCCGCAGACAAGUUUCUCUCCCUAAUCCCACGCUGUUGUCGGCACCGUGCCUCCAGCCCACCUCGUCCAGAGCAUGCCUCGUGGGCACGAGGCCCUGGAAGCCCAAGUGUUGAUUCCUCUUCUGUGGUGACGGUACCCCGGCCCUCCACACCGUCUCGUCUAGCCCUCUUCCUGCGACAGCAGAGCUUGGGUGGCUCCGAGUCCCCAGCCCCAGCCCCUCGCUCACCAGGGCUUGCCACGUCCCCAGCCUCCAGCCCUGGCCGCCGGCCCAGCCCUGUGGAGGAGCCUGGUGAGCUGGAAGACAAUUACCUGGAGUACCUGCGUGAGGCGCGCCGUGGUGUGGACCGCUGUGUCCAGGCCUGCCGUACCUGGUCUGCCCCCUAUGACGGCGAGCGGCCCCCUCCUGAGCCCAGUCCUGUUGGCUCCCGGACUAAGAAGCGCAGCCUACUGCCCGAGGAGGGCAGGGACAAUGUGGGGGAAGGGGAGGAGGAAGAGCUGGGGAGUGGGGGGCUGGCUGGGGGUGCACGGGGAAGCCUUGGCCACCUGCCCCCUUCCCAGCUCAAUGGGCUGCCAGGACCAUGGCCUGAGGGGGCCAAGAAGGUUCGUCGGGUGCCAAAGGAGGGAGCUGGGGAACCACUUGAGGACACGUCUGAGGGCAUGGCAGGACUAGAGGGCUUUGGGCAGGAGCUUCGGGAGCUUGAGGUGGCAUUGAGCAAUGGGGGUGCUGGCUCUGAGCCCCCUCUAGAGCCUUCACUACCUCUUGAGGAGGAGGAGGCCUACGAGAGCUUCACCUGUCCCCCUGAGCCCCCUGGCCCCUUCCUCAGCAGCCCUUUGCGGACUCUCAACCAGCUGCCAAGCCAGCCCUUCACUGGCCCCUUCAUGGCUGUGCUCUUUGCCAAACUCGAGAAUAUGCUGCAGAACUCCGUCUAUGUCAACUUCCUGCUGACGGGGCUGGUGGCCCAGCUGGCCUGUCACCCCCAGCCCCUGCUCCGCUCUUUCCUGCUCAACACCAACAUGGUCUUCCAGCCCAGUGUCAAGUCCCUGCUGCAGGUGCUGGGCUCUGUGAAGAAUAAGAUUGAGAGCUUUGCAGCCUCCCAGGAGGACUUCCCAGCACUGCUAUCCAAAGCCAAGAAGUACCUCAUUGCCCGUGGCAAGUUGGACUGGACCGAGGGCCCUGCAGCAGGACCUGCCCCCCGCCGAUCUGAUUCCCUAGUGAAGAGCCGGAGGCCGUCCUUGGGGGAGCUACUCCUGCGGCAUGCACACAGUCCAACCAGGGCUCGGCAGGCGGCACAGAUGGUUCUCCAGCCUGGGAGAGACGGUGGCGCAGGACUUGGCCUAGGUGGGGGCUCCCCUGGGGCUUCGACACCAGUCCUACCCCCCCGGGGUGGGGCCCCUGAGCGCCAAGGUGAGGCUCUGCGAGUCAAGAAUGCUGUCUACUGUGCAGUCAUUUUCCCUGAAUUUCUCAAGGAGUUGGCUGCCAUCUCCCAGGCGCACGCUGUCACCUCACCUUUCUUGUUGGAUACUUCUGAGGAGGGGUCUGGCCCUCCUGUCUCAGGCUUCGGGCCCCUCAAUCCUUAA